AUGCUGGGAACCGGAUGGGUUAGCUCAGGGGAGACGAACUACCUACUCGGUCGGGGAAGGAUGAUGGAAGAUGCCGAUUAUAAUGCCAACGGGACUGACGGAUGCGCCCUUACAGCACGACAACCGAAUCUCAAUCUGACUCCGGAGGAAAAGCGAGUUUUUUACCAGCUCUUCCAGGCUGCCGAUACGACCAACCUGGGUGUCAUCACCGGCGAGGUUGCCGUCCCUUUCUUCGAGAAGACCCAGCUGGCUCCGGAAACUCUCGGUUUGAUAUGGCAAAUUGCGGACAAGGAGAACAGGGGUCUCCUAACGCCUUCGGGGUUUGGUAUUGUGUUGCGAUUAAUUGGACAUGCCCAAGCUGGCCGCGCACCGACUGAUGAACUGGCACUACAACCCGGCCCCCUACCUAAAUUCGACGGCAUCGUAAUCGAUCAUUCCCCCACCCCUACGCGCGAUGCCGGUACCACUAGCCCUCCCCCGGCUGCUGGGGCACCAAUUCGAGUCCCACCGUUGAACCCAGAUGACGUUAACAAGUUUGUGUCGCUGUUCGAGAAAUCGGACGUUUCCCGGAGUGGAGUUAUCGCUGGCACGUGCAGCGACAUUGCAAAGCAGAUCUUCGAACGCGCAAGGCUUCCGAAUGAAAUACUGGGUAGGAUAUGGAACCUGGCGGAUGUCAACCAACGGGGAGCACUCGAUGCAACGGAGUUCAUUAUCGCGAUGCAUCUCCUGACCUCUUACAAGGCGGGCUCGAUGAGGAGCAUCCCUCAGACCGUCCCGCCUGGCCUAUACGAAGCUGCUGCACGACGGGGUUCUACACGGUCAUCGAUCGGCACACGCCCUGGACUAGACGUACCCCCCGUGCCGGCGAUUCCUAAACAAUUCACAGGCCCACAACGGACCCAGAGUCCCAUUAACAGGCAACAAUUCAGCUCACCUCUUUCGGCCCAGUCGACCGGUGGGGACUGGCUGAUCACACCCCAGGAGAAAAUUCAUUUUGACAGCGUCUUUGCGACCAUCGACUCGUCAAAGAAUGGUAUGAUAAGUGGUGAUCAGGCGGUUGCAUUCUUCAUGAAGGCCCAGCUCCCCGAGGAGACACUUGCCCAGAUAUGGGACCUCGCGGAUAUUGAUGCCGAUGGCCAAUUGACCAAAGAUGAGUUUGCGGUGGCCAUGUACCUGGUCCGACAGCAGCGCAGUGGAAAGGAGUCUCUUCCACAAGCCCUACCUCCUGCGCUGAUCCCACCUAGUAUGCGUCGCCCCAGUUCUGGAUACGUUGCGCCGGCGCCUGCUCCCGCACAAGCUCCAGCGCCCACUCCUCGUUCUGCCGCAGAUGAUCUUUUUGGCCUCGAUUCGAUGUCGGCUCCCGCCGCACCUGCAGCUCCUUCCCAAGUACCCCAGUCUACAGGAGGAUCGAACAUGCCAUUCCAAGCUCCGGCAUCACCGACGUCCAGGGCGUCUCCGCCAAGCGCUUCGACCACUUUCAAGCCUUUUAUUCCCACAUCCUCGUUCGGCCAAAGCAUUCAACCCCAAGUGACAGGGGCUUCGGCUGUUGCUCCCCCUACGGUCCGAUCGCCUCCACCACCGUCUGAUGACCUUCUUGGAGAUAACGACCCAGAGGAAUCGGGCAAAUUGACGCAGGAAACAACAGAACUGGCCAACUUGUCCAAUCAAAUUGGCUCAUUAGCAAACGAGAUGCAAAAUGUCCAGACCAAACGCACGUCUGCUGAACAAGAACUCUCGCAAUCGUCGCAGCAGAAACGCGAUUUUGAAUCGCGGCUUGCACAGGCUCGGACGAUGUAUGAGCAGGAGGUGAAGAACUUCAAGGCCCUCGAAGAACGUCUGAAUGCAUCCCGGGCGGAGACCAGCAAACUCCAGCAGGAAUAUGCAUUGAUCGAUGGAAGCAGACAAGAUUUGCAGAAUCAGCAUGAUCAAGUGUCGGCUGCGCUGACCGCCGAUCAGCAGGAAAAUGCCAGCCUUAAAGAGAAGAUUCGCCAAGCCAAUGCUGCGGUUGCCCAGCUGAAGCCCGCACUGGAAAAGGCCCGCUCCGAGGCGCGACAGCAGAAAGGGUUAGUAGCAAUCAACAAGAAACAACUCGCUACGGUGGAGGGCGAAAAGAGUAAGAUCCAGGAAGAGAUGGAUAAACUCUCCAAAGACCAACCCAGAGAACUGGAGAACUAUGAGACUCCUCCAGCGAGCAUGGCAGCCAGUGUUAGCAGCCCAGCUGCUUCAACAGCGAGCCAGAACACCAAUCCAUUUUUCAAACGCACGGCAACGGGCUCCAGUGACGGCCAUGGACUGUCGCCUCAAAUCUCAAAUGAUCAGCAGCGUGCAUUCGAUAGUUUGUUUGGGCCUUCGUUUGCGGCUCAGUCUCCGUCAAAUGCUCCUACUCCGCCUCCGCCAACCUCGUUCCGCGCUGAUUCCCUGCCUGCUUCGGUCAAGUCUACAUCUGGCGCCCCAACGCCCUCGGUAUCUCCCCCACCAUCUACCGCGGGAGUAUUGGAGCCACCGCCUCCUUCUCAGUCAAGGCAACUCACUCCUAGCGGUUUUCCGUUUGGCGACGCACACUCUGCGACGUCUUCCACCAAAGUUUCCCCUCCUGCCAGCAGGGUUGGUACCCAGGACAGUUUUAGCAUAGGAGCUGGUUCACAGGCUGGAAUGAGUGAUUACGGGACUCCGUCUGGCGAAGCCGCCCCGAUCUCAGCCUCAACAUCCGAUGAAACGGAAGAACUGAAGUCCAAACUUUCUGAAAUUCCUGGAGCCAGUGAGACAACAGCGGAAGGCGCAGCAUCCUCAGCUGGGGAACCUAAACAGCAAGAGACCAAAGAUCCAAGUUUCGAUGAGCUAUUUGGAGGACCAGCGCAUAAGCGAUCCAAAUCUCAAAAAGAAAAUGACUUCGAGGAAGCCUUUGCUUCCUUGAAACAAGGUGGCGAAGCGAAAAAGACCAAUGGAGCUGCCAGCUCGGAAUUCCCCCCGAUUCAUGAGCUCGAAGACGACGACGACGACGAUAGCACGGACAGCGAGGCACGGAUGGGAUUCGACGACAACUUCACGACUGUCUUCCCACCACAAAGUAAUGCGGCACCCAAGCCUGAGUCAAUUGAGCCAUCACAGCUUGCAGCGUUCCCAGCCCCCGGUACAGGUGCCAGCUCCGCCCAGCCUCCUGCGGCGGACUCGUAUAAGAGUUCGCCGGGUUAUGAGCAAAGCACGAAUAAGCAGCUGGAUACCGUGGUGCAUGAGGUUGACGGCCUCCUGCCGCACCAUGCGGAUCCCACCGCAGUGUCGGACGCCUCCCGUUCCGUAGAAUCGGGCACGAGGGCACCGAUCAUAGGGGGGGAGUCACAGCGGGACACUUCCAAGGAUGCACCCACAGUGGGUGACAAGAAGUCCAAUGCGCCGGACUUCGAGGCGGCCUUUGCGGGCCUUAAUCUCGCACCGGCGAAGGAGAGUGAGGACGACGAGGACGAGGACGAGACGCCUAGCCAGAAGAACCACGCCGAUUUCGACUUUUCCUUCGAUACUCCAUCCCACCAGCAGCCCACUUCUCCCGGUGUUGGCACCAGCACCGGGAAUCCCGCUUCUUCUGAUUUCUUCAAUUUCGACCCUCAUGCUACCUCAUCCCCAGGUGGCGCUUUAUCGUCAACCAAUGCCAAUACGAAUACGACAGCGCAGUCUCAUGACUGGGAGGCGCUCUUUGCACCGCUAGACAAUGUCAGCUCCCCCGGAACUGGUACCAAUGGUGCUAAACCCGGCUCAAACGAGCACCACAAGGAACCCGGAUGGGCUCUCCAGACCAGCACUGAGGAUGACCAGUUUCUCCAACGAUUGACGGGCAUGGGGUUCCCUCGCGAGGAGUCGUUGGCUGCAUUAGAGAAAUUUGAUUACAAUCUUGAUAAGGCAGUGGACCAUCUGACGUCCAAGUCAUAA